AUGUUGAGGGGCCUCAACCAAACCUUUCGGCCUAAGCGCAUGCUUCACGGCUCUAGAAUGCUGCUGGAUAGCCUCGAUCCAGUGCAUAUACGGAACACGAAUCGCUUUCGACAACUACUGGUAGAAAAGGGCGAAUUCGCACCACAGCAGGCAAAUGCGCUGGUUGAGAUCAUGUCUGAUGCGCUGAAAGGGGGCGUGACGCAUGUUUCCCAAGAUCUGGCGUCGCGCGAGAAGCUUAUUCAACUGGUUUACCAGCAGAGGGUUGACUUCGCGAAGCUGAGGGAUCAACUGCUAUCCGCAGACCGCAGCGAAUUUCAUUCGAUACAAAACGAGCACGAAAGUAUUCGAAACGACCUAGAAAAGCUGCGCACUAAGUUGCGGGAAGAAAUCACUAAGGCAAAUGCAGGGUUCAAGCUUGAUUUAUCUUUAGAGAAAGGCCGGAUACGUGAGGAAUCAAGUCACCACGACAUACAGAUCAAAGAGAUCGACACACGGAUCGACCAGGAGGUUAGCAACAUGAAGAUGCAAAUUGACUCCGUUAAAACACAGGUGAUGCAAUGGCUGAUCGGCGUGUGCACAGGUACAUUUGCGCUUGUGUUGGCAUACGUGCGGCUGCUAUCAUAA